AUGGCACCUGUUGCUGCGGCCACAGCAUCCAUGGGACUACGCUCGCACAAUGGUGGUAACGCAUGGCAUUCACUUCCAUCGGUUGAUGGCCAAGGAAGAGCGACGGACCAUUCAUUCCGACUCUCGGCUCCUUCCCUUGAUCAGGUCCACGACCUUGUUGGUGUUGGCUUCGGUCCUGCCUCGCUCGCCAUUGCCGUAGCCCUCAGCGACUUUCUCCAGAACAACAACAAUGAUGCUGCAAACCCAAUAGACCCUCCCAAGAUUCGCUUCCUCGAGAGACAAACGGCCUUCAAAUGGCAUGCGGGCAUGCUCCUGCCGGGAGCAAAGAUGCAAAUAUCAUUCAUCAAAGAUCUGGCUACCCUGCGAGACCCCCGCUCACAUUUCACUUUCCUCAACUACCUCAAAGAACACGACCGGCUGGUUCCAUUUACCAAUCUGGGCACCUUUCUGCCAUCUCGCCUCGAGUUUGACGAUUAUUUGCAGUGGGCAGCGGCUCAUUUCGACAACGUCGUCGAAUACGGUCAAAAUGUGGAAACAAUCCAGCCCCGUCGCCUUGAUGGAAACGAAAAAUACGACUGCUUUGAGGUGUUUUUCCGCAACACCACCACUGGCGAGUUGACAUCGAUCUUGAGUCGCAAUGUGGUGAUUGCAGCUGGAGGCCAGCCUGCGAAGCCAGCGAUAUUUCCUACGUACCACGACCGGAUCCUCCAUUCGUCAGAAUACCACACCCGGAUUGAGCAAGUGCUGCCAGACAAGAAUAAAGCAUACAAUAUUGCAGUCAUCGGUGGCGGUCAGAGUGGGGCCGAGGUGUUCAGUAACCUCCAUACACGAUACCCUAAUGCGACGACAAAGCUCGUGUUCCGCGACUCAGCCCUGCGGCCGAGUGACGAUUCGCCGUUUGUCAACGAGGUUUUUGACCCGGAGGCUGUGGAUGGAUUCUUCCAACAACCCGAACAGCUGAGGUCUAGGAAUCUGGUAAAGAACAAGGCAACCAACUACAGCGUAGUGCGGCUGGAGUUAAUCGAGAAGCUCUACGAUGACAUGUAUAUUCAGAAAAUCAAAGAGCCAGACAGCCAUCGUUGGCAGCACCAGAUUCUACCCCUACGAAAUAUUAUCUCAGUCGAUACCACGGCCAAGGGUGUCGCGUUGACCCUAGCUCACGUGGAUCCGUCCAGCGGCAAGGGGCAUGAGAGAUUGGAUGUGGACGCGGUCGUGCUUGCUACAGGUUAUCGUCGAGACGCCCAUAUCCAAAUGCUCAAAGACUGCCAGAUCAUCAACAACAGCCCGAACGGACUUUGGCAUCCCAGACGUGACUACAGCCUUGCACUGCAACCAGGUUCGGUGCAAAACGGGGCGGGGUUGUGGCUACAGGGAUGCAACGAAGCCACACAUGGACUGUCCGACUCGUUGCUCUCCAUUCUGGCUACGAGGAGCGGUGAACUUGUGCGGUCCAUGUUCAGAAAGGAGAGAGAAAUUGUUACGCAGCAGGCGGGUCCUACAAGAGGCGAGGCAUCGUUUGAGGUUCGGAGUAAAUUGUAA